UGAUGUUUAUUAUUUUGUUGCUGAAGGGUCUGCGAGUUGCGAAUUGUCCUUAAUUUCCGCCGAAUAAGUAGGUACACAGGGGCCGAAAUGGCGAGUCCGUCCCCCGGGGGCGUAGGAACGGGUGCGUUGGAGGCGAUGCGAGCCUCUCACGAAGAGGAAAAGUCCGUCUUCAAGAAACCACUCGUUCCGAAAGGUCGAGUCAAAAAGAGGACUGUGAACCAAGUCGUGCUGGACGAGGACUCGUACACGCAAGAACUGGCCAACAUCAUCGAGAGGGACUUUUUCCCCGACCUGGCCGACAUCAGGGAAAGAAGUCAACCGCAGGCAAUGACCCCAAAUUUAAUUGGCGAAGAAAGUCCUGCAACGUUUGAAACACCAGAAAGAACAAAUGCGAAAAAGGUCAAGGACAAAUUUUGGGAUAAAGUUGAUCAGAAGGGGGCGAAAAAGCUUAGCCUGGACCAGUUUUUGAACAUGCACACAUCUGAAGAUAAUGAAAGUUUUAAUGAUAUUUUGUCCAAUGCUGAAGAAAAACGAAGACAAAAGUAUUCCUGGCUCUAUGGAGCAGAGGCAAAACAUGCCAAUGAGAGAGAAAUGCAGCUCGCUUUGCCAUCCAUCGAGGACCAGGCUAAAGGCAUCGAGAAGCCCUUGAAUGUGGACGGUUGGAAUUACAAGAGCCAGAAUUACAUCAUGUACAUUCCGGAUGGAGUGUCGUUGACUGAAAAAGAAAAAGUGGAGAUGGCGGCCCAGAGACAUGAAGUUGUGGCAGCCAACACGAGAUUAACGUCCAGUCCGUUCAACGACGCAGCAAAUAGAGCUAAAAUUGUGGCCGCAGCGCAAAUUCAAGCGAGGGCUAAUGAAGGAAGAAUUGGCGUUGACGGCCAAGUUGUGGCUUCGGCAACCCCUCAAGUGAAAGGGUUUUCUUUUGUCCGAACACCCUCACCAGCACCAGGUCGAGGAGGAGAAACGCCUGUAAUGACGUGGGGAGAAAUUGAAGGAACGCCUUGCCGUCUGGACACACCCUCAUUUCGGAUGGCAGACACCCCUCGUCGUGAACAAAUUGCCCACGAACUGGCCGACAAAGCUGGUCAAAGGCAUCGAGACCUCAAACUCAAGGCAAUCCAGGCUGCCCGCAAAAAUAUUGCUCUAACGCCUGGAAGCAAAACUCCUCUUCUAUCACCAGCAGCACAGCGUCUUGCCUCAGCUCACAAAGUUGGAGAUCGAGCGCUGAGAGCCUCGUACACGCCGCAGCGAACUCCAGGGUUUUCAACCCCAACCCCCAAAACGCCCAUCUGCACACCAAAGAGGACCAUGGCCACUGCACCCUCAACCCCACAACAGGGAAAAAUCACCGACGAUUUGCUUAAUUUGCCGAAGAGAGUGCGGGCGGAGACGUUUUUCAAAUAAGACUGUCAUUUAUUUUUGACUGUGUUUAAUAUGUUAAUUGUAAAAUAAAUUAAAAGAGAGAAUCUCUUAAUUUGUUAAUUUUC